AUGUCUCGCCGCUCAAAUUCGCUAGUGGACGCCUCAGUGCCCUACAUUGCACCGGACAAACCGUCCGAGUGCACCUGGGCGAAGUUUUACCGUGAUUCACCCUCGGGAAAAUGCCCGGCCGAUCCUCACAAACACCAAACGCGUGGCCCUCGGCCGAAGAUAUACAACUCCAUUCUGGAGCAGAUCGGCGACACGCCGCUCGUUCGCCUGAACAACAUCGCCAAACACUACGGUCUGGAGUGUGAACUGCUGGCCAAGUGUGAGUACUUCAACGCCGGCGGCAGCGUCAAGGACCGGAUUGGCCUGCGCAUGGUCGAGGACGCAGAGCGAGAUGGCCUCAUCGAGCCGGGCUGGACGAUCAUCGAGCCCACCAGUGGCAACACUGGCAUCGGCCUGGCGCUGGCGGCCGCCGUCAAGGGCUACAAGUGCAUCAUCGUCAUGCCGGAGAAGAUGAGCAAUGAGAAGGUGAACGUGCUGCGGGCGCUGGGCGCGGAGAUCAUCCGCACGCCCACCUCGGCCCGCUUCGACGCCGCCAACUCGCACAUCAGAGUGGCGCAGAAGCUGCAGACGCAAAUUCCUCGGAGCAUCAUCCUCGACCAGUACCGCAAUCCGGCCAAUCCACUGGCCCACUACGACACCACCGGCGCGGAGAUUCUCCAGCAGACGGGCGGCAAGCUGGACUACGUGGUGCUCGGCGCGGGCACCGGCGGCACCGUCACCGGCAUCGGCCGGCGCAUCAAGGAGGGCGCCCCCGACUGCGUGGUGGUCGGCGUCGACCCCAAAGGCUCCAUCCUCGCCGAGCCCGAAGAGCUGAACGCCUCCGAUACGACCUUCUACGAGGUGGAGGGCAUCGGCUACGACUUCAUUCCCACGGUGCUGGACCGCUCCGUGGUGGACCGGUGGAUCAAGACGGACGACAAGGAGAGCCUGGAGAUGGCGCGCAACCUGAUCCGCCUGGAGGGCAUCCUCUGCGGCGGGUCGUCGGGCACGGCGGUGACGGCGGCGGUGCAGGUGGCCAGGGAGCUGCCCAAGGGGAAGCGGGUGGUGGUGCUGCUGCCUGAUGGCGUCCGCAACUACAUGACCAAGUUCCUCGAUGACGACUGGAUGGAGAACCGGGACUUCAACUAUCCCUCGCGAAAGGAAACCACUGACCAGCCGUGGUACUACGGACAGCAGGUGGCGCAGAUCAUUAAAGGUUUCAACAACGUCAUCAUGAUCGACAGUUCAGAUAAGUGCAACUACGCAAUCCGCCUGAUGAGAGUCAAUGGUUUUGAUCAGCUGCCGGUGGUGCAGGGGGACAACAAGAAUCUGCUGGGAAUGGUCACCGUCGACCAAAUUAUGGCCAAGGUGUCUGCGGGUGUGGCCACGCUGGAUGAUCCCGUUGAGAUGGUUUUGCUGAAGACGUAUCCUAGCGUUAAGGUGAAUGAUCCACUGGGAGCGCUGAUCAAGGUUUUGCGCCAGAGCCCGUACGUUGCCAUCAAGGAGCAGCUGUCAGAUGAUGUGGCAACGAUUGCCGGAAUUGUUACUCACAUUGACAUUCUCGAUUACAUUGCCAAUGUGGGCAACAAAAAGUAA